ACAGCAACAACAUAUUAUUGAGGAUGAAAUGGGAGAACAGGACACAUACAUUUAUCCUAGUAGGUUUUCCUGGAAACCCUGAAUUGCAGAUGUCACUAUUUACGCUUUUCCUAAUUAUCUACACACUGACAAUAAUGGAGAAUGUGGUGAUCAUUGCCUUAAUCUGGAUGAACAUCAAUCUUCAUAAGCCUAUGUAUCUCUUCCUGAGUAAUCUUUCUUUCCUGGAGAUCUGGUAUGUCUCCGUCACGGUCCCCAAAAUGCUUGCUGGCUUUGUGGCAGAGAAAAGAGAAAUCUCUUUUAUAGGUUGCAUGGCUCAGCUGUACUUCUUCCUGGCUUUGGCAUGUACUGAGUGUGUCCUCUUAGCUGUUAUGGCCUAUGACCGUUAUGUUGCCAUCUGCAACCCAUUGCGCUAUCCAGCCAUUAUGAGUCAAGACCUCUGUGUUCGUCUAGCAGCCGGAUCCUGGUUGAGUGGCUUUUUUAUUGCCAUGGGGAAGGUCUUCUUCAUCUCACGGCUGAGCUACUGCGGACCCAACACCAUCAACCACUACUUCUGUGAUGUUUCUCCACUUCUCAACCUGGCCUGUACUGAUAUGUCAUUGGCUGAGCUCAUUGACUUCCUAUUGGCCUUACUCAUUCUCCUGGGCCCCCUUUCUGUGACAAUUGCCUCUUACUUCUACAUCAUAUCCACCGUACUUCGCAUCCCUUCAGCCAAAGGGAAGCAAAAGGCCUUCUCCACUUGUGCCUCACAUCUUCUGGUAGUCACCAUUUUCUAUGCUGCCUCCCUUUUCAUCUAUGCCCGCCCAAAAGCACUCACUUCCUUUAACUCAAACAAGCUGGUGUCCGUUGUCUACACAGUCCUCACACCGCUUUUCAAUCCAGUCAUCUACUGCUUGAGAAAUCAGGAAUUCAAGGAUGCCCUCAGCAAAACAGUUCAUGGACCUUCUCGACGUUAAGCAUAAGGCAAAGAACUAAGUAGGUAGAUGUUUCUGCAUUGAGACAGUUCCAAAUACUUAUACAGUGGUACCUCUGGUUGCGGACAGAAUCCGUUCCAGAGGUCCGGCAGUAUCCUGAAGUUUCCGCAACUGGAGGCACCGCUUCU